UCUUGCGGAUUUGUGUAGUUUGUGUUCGGUUCAUCCGGUGUUGUGGUGUUGGAUUGUGCCGUGUUAGCAGGCAGGCCAAGUGUGCCGCCGUGGAAGUUUGCUCUCGCUCCUCUCGUUUCAAGGAUUACACGACAGGAUGAAGCGCAUCGUGCAAUGUGACGUUCACCGCCGAAAGUUGUCGCGUCGGUGUUGCCUGUGACGUGACACAAGCUACCGAUCGGCUUAGGUGAUGGUGUACUCUGUGUUGUUGCUCGAGUUGUCUCGUUCGCUCGGUUUAUGAUUUGCCUCGACCAUGUCAAAGCUACCGGAUCACAACGAUUGGGUCAGGAGCUUCUACGUGUCGAAUCCGACACGACACAAGAAAGGCUACACUAUCUACAAGGUUGUCUCCAAGGUGUUUCCCAAGAACUCGGUGGAAGCGGCAUCUCAGGUCGUAGUAUGGAAAAGGUACAGUGACUUCCGCAAGUUGUACAAGGCUCUCUUUCACCUUUACCAAGGCCUUCAUUUGAAAGGAAACUUUCCGAAGUUUGCCAAGGCUAGCUAUUUUGGUCGCUUCGAGGAAGAAACAGUGGAGGAGCGGCGUAAGGCUGCUCUCUGCCUUUUGGAGUUUGCCGCCCAGUAUCCCGUCCUGUUCAACAGCCAAGUGUUUGUAAAAUUUUUUGAAAACAGCCAAGAAUCCCACGAUGAUAUUGAAGGGGAGAUGUCAGGGCUGAGGCCACCCUUGCUGGCGCCGCCGUCCAAACCCAGUGAAUCCUCGUCCAAUCAACGUGUCAACCACGCUGCCGACCUUGCCGGAGGUGACUGUUCUUCUGAAGUAUCUUGGGGGCCAUCUUCGGCUGCCGAUGCAGUCAGCUUAGACUCGCGCACGACGACGGAGGAAGAGGCUGACCAGUCCACCCGUUCCAUGGCCACGGAAGGAGAGGAAGAGGACCGGCAUUUAACCUCACAUGAGACAUCGCCGGCAGGAUUUCUCCGUCCUGAUAUAGCCGAAUUUGACCCCGUCCUACAGAAGGAUGACAGCGAUGACCUGACUUCAUUGAGCAAUGCAUGGAUCCUCUCAGCCGCUGAUGCCUGUGCUUGCCUUGGAGAUGAAUCUAUGCCUACACCUAGUGGUCCUGCAUUUGUUUUUCCCAAUCCAGUCAAGGAAACGGUAGAGGAAGAGGCUGAUGACUGGACAGAGCUGGAGCUUGAAGAUGCAGAUGAGAGCUGCGAAGGCAGAGACACGAGGCGGUCGAGACACGAGUCAUCCACGAGUUUCACACCUGGCACACCGGUGUCGCCGCUUGAUGCGGAGGGUGUCGGUUACCUGCACGAAGCAACCAGCUAUGCUGCCAAAGCAUACGCCUGCGAAGCCCAGGGUGACUUUGUGGGGGCCUUCUCUCUCUACAAGGUGGCCGUCAGCAGCCUGCUUGAAGGAGUGCAAAAGGACAGCAGUGCCUCGCGAAGGGAUGCAGUUCGACGAAAGACUGCGCAGUACCUGGCACGAGCAGAACAAAUAUACGAGCAUCGACUGGCGAGGCGCAUGGAAGGUGAACGGCGGUGGUCCCUAAGUCAAGGUCCUGAGGUUCUAGAGUCCUGUGCUCCGACUUCUGGAAGCACUUCAGCACCUGCGUGGGGCCCUGGCCUAAGGGGGCCUGUUCAGGACCUGAAACACUACAAGGUCAUCGGUGUUGUUGGCACUGUGCUUCUCGUCUUGGAUAUGCGUCGGAGUCAGACUGUAGUCAUUAAGGUGCUGCACAAGAGUCCUGGUGGCUCCACUUCGGGUCGCCCUAGCGUAGUGCCUCAGGGUGUGCCUCACAUGGCCCAGCUGCUAUGCCUCUACGAGACUGACUGCUCAUACUUCCUGGUGCUGGAGUACGCACCGGGUGGCCGCCUCUGGGACUGCUUGGCACCUUAUCUCACAAACCGGCUGCCCUUGCCCAAUCCCGCCUGUGAAGCGUCCUACGCGGGAUCCCCUUCGUCUCCCUUGAAUGGGCCACCAGCAGGUCCCUGCUUACCAAGUGGCCAACCUGUACCCAUGCCUCCUUCAGAAUGUGAUUUCGCUAUUGCAUGCUCAGAAUCUCAAGCCUCAAUUUCUGCUACGUCAGUUGUAUCCGCCCUAGAUGGGACAUCUCCAAUCGAAGGAGGCAUCGUUUCAAGUGAGCAGCCAUCGGUUGGCACCACCAAUGCGUCCCGAAUACAAACAGACACCAACGAAAAUUCAUUACAGUUACCAUCCGUCGUAAACACCCCGCCAUCUCAAAAUAGCGUUGAGCUUUCCAAAGUUUCGAAUAGCUGUGACACACUGGGCUUGGAGAAGUCCAUAAAGUCAAUGAACAUUCUGGCAAUUGACAAACCGAACAAAAAGCUAGCCCCGCAGUCAUGUUGUAACAAAAACAGGAGUCAGGUAGUGGGCCGGUCUCUAGAGGACAUCGUUGGUAGGAACAAUGCCCUCAAUGUGCCAGCCUCCAAGGCAGAAAGUCACAGUUACUCCGGGGAGCACCUGGUGAAACAGGAAACACGGAAAGAUGGACCCAAAAGUGUGGGCAGCCCAAGAAAGCCGGUGAAGCGGACGCUGUCUUCGCAAGCUGCCCAGGCAUUUCGUGAGCUUGACAGCCUCUCCAAGCAGCUAGCCAAGCCCAGCCACCUUCCGGAAGCCUGCAUCCGGCUUUGGGCUGCAGAAACUGUGAUGGCGCUCGGUCACCUUCACCGCCUGGGUGUAAUCCGGCAGGACCUCUGUCCACAUGACAUCCUUUUGGGAGAAGGGGGUCAUGUGGUGCUCACAUACUGCUGCUACUUCAACUGUGUUGACCGGUCACCUAGUCAGUUUGCACGAGAGAAUGAGUAUUGUGCUCCAGAAAUCGACAACUUGGGUCCCGUGACACCAGCAUGUGACUGGUGGAGUCUUGGAGCACUAUUGUACGAGCUCUUUGUCGAAGCUCCACUGAUUUUAUGCCAUCCUGGGGGCAUUACACCAAGCACUCGCCUUUACAUUCCUGCUCAUGUUUCUGCCGAAGCUGCAGACCUGCUGGAAAAGCUCUUGGCAUACCACGCCCAUCAGCGUCUCGGCUACGGCCCCACAGGCACAGAAGAUGUCAAGUGCCACCCCUUCUUUGCCACGAUCGACUGGAAAAGAUUAAGUCUACCGAGGUGAACUGCGCAGCCCCGAACUCUUGCUUGCAAUUUGUGCACCUUGCAUUGCCACAUUCAAGUCACUCAAGACCGUUCUCAUUUGGGACUGCUGUAUAAAGAACUCAUAGUCGUUUCCAUCCAGCAUUCACCAGACGUGUUUGUUCAUGCACAUUGGACUGCAUUGCUAUAAACCAUUCUCUUUUUGUCACAAGUGAUAAUGGUAGUGGUCAGAAUAGCCAUCAUCAUUGUACGUGUCACAGAUGAGUUCAACAAGAUGUUUAUUUGUUGUAUCUAUCAGAAACUCGUGGCUGGGUUGUGUCCUUGCACAUUGUCACAUUGACAAUGCCUCGGCAAUUGAGGGCCAGUGGCAGCAUCAGAAACAACAGCGUCUGUGAUCAUUUCAGAUGUGUACGUGUUUGUUGACGUAUGGGUCAAAUAUAGUACUAUGCUUUCAAGAUGUGUGCGUGAACAGGCCUGGGAAGUCUGUUAGUGUUAUGAUCAGUCAGCCUGACAGAGUUGCACUGAACGUAUGAGAGAUAGAUAAGAUACAUAAACAAUGAAUUUUUAAAGAUGAUUUAGUUUAACUGAGGAGUCUGUACUGCAUUUUUUUAUAGCAACGCUGUUAAGGGGAGUUCUACGACCAGUUUUGUGCGAAUUUAGCAAAGAAGAGAGAGCAAUACAGCCUGCAUCAAAUUCCCAAAUAUGAUUUGAAACGUAAUUGUCAAUAUUUAUAGAAUAAAUGUUACCCUGCGUAAACAUUGCCGGACUAGACAACAAUUUCAUUGGUGUGUAUCUUAGCAGUAAUCCACAACUUUUGUUUCUCACUUGGUGCUUAACUGGCUCCACGUUGGAGUUCAGCAAGGUGGGGCCCAAAUCGCAAUUUUGCGGGUAUCAUGUCUGGGGACUUUUGGCUAAGAUCACUUAUAGUUUGGGUGGUAUACCAAGCACCUCAACGUUCAUGUUCCCGCCUUAUCAGUGUCCUGUUAGCGUCUCGUUGGCAUUGGCUUCAGCGUCUACGGACGUGCCAGGGAUCCUGCCUGCUGCUGAUCUUAGGGGCCUCGGCCCAUAAUCGCCAGCCCUCUUGCAAGGAUAGCGUCAAGGCCUCUGCUCCCUAAGGAGCACUGUUCUACACUCAGCGGAUGUGAGAACUCCCUUAUACAGCUUCGAAGUUCGUGACGUAUUAGUUGCUCAGAGUGACAUACAUCUGCCAAGGUUCUCUUUUUUUUUUUUUUAUUGCUGUCGUGCUUUGUGUGUGGAAACAACCAUUUUACAUUUGUGUUUGGCCGAGAUAGCACUUGUGAUGUAAUGCUUCAGUAUUAUGCUUUUUUGUGUGAUGAUGCAGUUCUUGUGCUUAUUACUGUUGCACUGUUUGCUUGCCAUGAACCUUCGCUAAUGGUGACUGGCGGGCUCCACUGAAUUGAUAAUGUUUAAACUGAUGCCAUAAGUCUCACCUCAUAACACCAAGCGACUCAUAAAAAAAUUAAAUGAAGGGAAUUAAUCUUGGGACUGUUAUUAUUGUUAAUGAUAUCAAAAAGUGAGUCAAGUUGCCUGUUCUUCAAACUAUAUGAAAAAGAAAUGAGACCUGUAGCUGGCCCGGAUCUGACUUUUUUUAUCUUGUAGGAUUGUCUUGUUCGUGUUUUUAGCUUUUAUGCACUUUUGCAUGGUAGUUUCUUGUUUAAGAUGUCAUGAUGUGAUUAGAAAGCUGUCGUGAUAGUGACACACCAUGAUUAAAUUUGUGUUUCCAUUUUGGUGAAUCCAAAAGAGAAACAGAGCUGGUCAAGCUCAGUAAAAAGCUCCUGUUUCAGCUUUGCUUCUAUACCUUUGUUUUUGAAAGAGGGGAAGCUGGAACGUUUUCACAUUAAAAGAAAAAAACUCUCUUUGGCAUUUAACUAUAUCAUAAUGUACCACAACACUGAAUAGUGUGGCAGUGCAGUAUGGCAGUAUUGACGUCUUAAUCCGCAGAUACUCAUGUAUUUAUCAUCACAUUGUGCAAGUACUACAGGCAUUCUAUGUGCAAGAACCCUGUUAUUUGUGCUUUACUGUUUGCUUGAAUGUCACAUGGCAUGCUUUUGUUCAUUUCUCCAGCACUCUCUUUGUUGUUCUUUUGGACAGGUAUGUUUCUUUCAAAUUGCAGAUACGUGGAACAGAGACAAAGCCUGUCGUCAGUGGGACACUAAAGAGGAAGGUUUGAGAGCGAGCUAGUUGUUAUUCUAUCAUGACUAGAGUUGAAGCGCCAAGGAAAGAACAGGGACGGAAGGCAGACACGGACAUAGACAAAUAGGAAUUUGCAUUCGUGCUGCAUUACUAAGUUACGAUUCUGUAGUACAGCAAAACAGCCAUUCUUGCAUUUAGAGGAGGCCUGGUAAGCCAGAGAUAGCUAGCAAAGUCACUCUGACGUUCCUGUACCAGCUCUCCGUGAUAUAAUGGGUUUUGGUAGUGUCUACUCGGAUCUCAGUAAGGUGGCUUUUACACCGAAAAUUGACAAAGGUCACCCAACUGACUGAUACUGGCGACCAAAGAUUGAUGCAUGGCAACCGAUGUUCACACUAACAAGUGUGACCUGCCCAUCACCACCUUGAAAUGUCUUGUGGUUGGUGCUGUUCUCACCUGCUCGCGCCACCAUAGCCAUGUAAAAUAAGCAUAGGCAUAUUUUUAUGUUCUGCUCCUGGCACUGCUUAUUGUCCAGCAGCGUUGUGAUUUCAGUCACGGAGCUGAAAAAAUCGGUUACUUUAUGAAAUUCCGGGUGCUCCGUGCAACGAGCGAUGAAUUUUAGAUUUCCAAAACCGAAUCAUCGAGCAACAAGAACAAGUGAUCUGGUCCCAUGACGGCCCGUUUCAUUGCUCAAAGCUGUCGCUUGUCACCAUCUCGCACAAAAUUGCGUGUAUGGGGUUUGGGCUUAACUUGGUCCCACAACCUUUGUGGUUUACUCGACUGUUUAUCAGUAAAGAGAUAUGACAUUGCAUUCUAAGGCAACCGAAGAAUUAACUUGUUGAGUUUUGAGAACUUUCCUUGUGCCAAAAUGGCUCAAAUACAAGAAAAUAAAUUGAAGUCCGCGGUCACACUGACGUAUCGGUGCUGACAUAUUGGUACGUACUUUUUUUCGGUGCUGACGUGUUGGUGCAAAAUUCAGUAAACAAAAGUGUGGCCUUUAUUUUCUUUACCAGUAAUCAAACCUUUUCUGCCAAAUGAAAGACUACGUUACCAGUCUAAGUUGAUUUAGUUUUUCCUCUUUAGUGUCCCUUUAAAUGUCAUUUGUUGCAGUAUUGUGCAAUCCAUUUCGGUGACGUGCCAUGAGUGCGUUUAUUUGGAGAUUGGUAGAGGUGCAUAAAUAUUGGAAAAUUUUAAAUAGUGGAUCGCAUCUACUGCAUUUCUUCCUUAGUCUAAAUAGCCACUAUUAAAAUAUUGUAAUUUUCAAAAUGUACUUAUCAAACGACAAUACUUUUUACUAAGUUUCAAAUGUAUGAUGCAUUGUAUAAUGUUGGGGGGGGGGGGGGGGGGAGAGGGGAGUACAUUAUUGAUAGGCAUAUUUUAAAUGUAUAAGCCAAAUCUCCCUGCUUUACCACAAUUCGGUGGAUGAGAAAUACGAAGCCAGCCAGUGUAGUUAUAAAGCUAUUCUAGAAGAUUGCAUUGUAUUCAAAUAUUUGAUUCUCAUACAAUUUGUUUUUAUGCCGUCAUCUUUAGGCAUACAACUUGCAGUUUGAGAUUUAUGCUUGAAUGAAGUAUUCAAGUGGUGAGAUUGAGAAGAAUCAGUAACUUGAGAAGUAGUUAAGGACCGUGCAACAAGUGAAAUGAAAAAUGUUAGGUGUGAUGUUAAGAGACAGGAAGACAGCAGUGUAGAUUAUCAAGCAAAGGGGCAUGACUUUGUUGUGUGCUACUGUUUCUUAGGUCACAGCAAACCUAUACCUUUGUUUUCUCCUCUGUACAGUACAAUGACAAUGGGUAAAAAAAAUUAACAAGCCAGUAGCGUCGUACAGUCACUUGCAACCGUCCAUCGUCAUCUAGUGUGUGCAGUGUGAAUGAAGUUGUGUGCAGUAGACUCUCUUAAGAUGAACCCCGAGAGACCUUGAGAAUUAAAUAAUUUUACAAGAAGGUUUGCUUUAAUGCCAACUGUACCAAAAUUUCACUUUUGCUAAAUUGGUAAUAAAGGAGUAUUGCAUAUUACUGAAGUAAUAUUGGGAGAUGCUGCUAGGCUGGUAAUUGUCUAAUUUUCUUAUGUAACCCCAUUUAGCAGCGAAGCAGACAUGUUCAUCUGGUAAUUAGUGAAUAUGACUCCAGCACGCCACCUCUGAGAUUUUUUCAGCACGCCUCAGGCGGUGCCAGAUCUCGGAGGUCGUGCCAAAGAGCCACAUAUUUCAAGUCGCGCGUCACUUCUGGUGCGCACUAAUGGCAACUCUUCCUUUUUUUUUUUCAGUUUCAGUAUCAAAAAUGAUUACUUUGACGAACCUUCCGUGAUGCAUCUACCCAUAUUUUAAAUGCAAAAUUUUGCACAGAGGCUGCUUUAUAUUCACAUUAUCUGAAGCUGCGGAGAAAUCUGCGGAGUACAAUCAACCUUUCUAUAUGACUUUCAUGGAUUAUGAAAAGGAAUUUGAUUCAGUAGAGAUACCAGCAGUCAUAGAGGCAUCGCGUAGUCUAGGAGUACAGGAGGCAUACGUGAAUAUCUUGGGAAAUAUCUACAAGGAUUCCACAGCUACAUUGGUUCUCCACAAGAAAAGUAGAAAGUUACCUAUCAAGAAAGGGGUCAGGCAAGGAGACACAAUCUCUCCAAUGCUAUUCACUGCAUGCUUAGAAGUAUUCAAGCUCUUAGACUGGGAAGGCUUAGGAGUGACGAUCUCCGGCGAAUAUCUCGGCAACCUUCGGUUUGCAGAUGACGUCCUAUUCAGCAACAAUGGGGAUGAACUACAGGGGACCCUGAUCAUGAGAAGCAAACAUGCAGAAGAAUAAAAUUGGGUUGGAGUGCAUACGGUAUAGGCAUCACCAAAUCCUGACUGGGAGCUUACCACUGUCGUUGAAAAGAAAAGUGUACAAUCAUUGCAUUCUACCGGUGCUAACACUUGGGGCAGAAACUUGGAGGUUAACAAAGAAGCUCGAGAACAAGUUAGGGACCGCACAAAGAGCGGUGGAAUUAAAAAUGUUAGGCCUAACAUUAAGGGAAAGGAAGAGAGCGGUGUGGAUCAGAGAGCAAACGGGGAUAGCCGAUAUUCUAAUUUAUAUUAAGAGGAAAAAAUGGAGCUGGGCAGGACAUCUAAGGUGUAGGAUAGAUAACCGGUGGACCAUUAGAGUUACAGAAUGGAUACCAAGAGAAGGGAAGCGCAGUCGACGACGGCAGAAAACUAGGUGGGGUGAUGAAAUAAAGAAAUUUGCAGGCGCAAGUUGGAACCUGCUAGCACAAGACAGGGGUAAUUGGAGAUCGCAGGGAGAGGCCUUCGUCCUGCAGUGGACAUAAAUAUAGGUUGAUGAUGAUGAUGAUCUGAAGCUAAGCUUCUUCCGUAGCCCAAGAAUGCACAGACUCAACAGGAUACUAUAUUGAAGUACUGGCACAACAUUUCCGACUUGUCUCUUUUUCCCCCAUCAAGUGAUUCAAAACCUCUAAAUCCUAGAAAAGAUACUGGCAAAUGUCGAAUAGUCCUACAUGGUGUAUUAUAAUACUUGUUUCUGUGAAUCAUCUUAAAUUUCGGUACUCGGGAUGUAGAUGGCGUCAUGACACAAUGAUAUGCUUGCUUGCUCCAUUUCUGCGAUGUAUGCAGCUGUCACAAGUGAGCACGGCCAGAAUAAACGGACGCAGGCAGCACUCUGGUUUAUUUUUCUGUGAGAAACCAUUCCUAGUCUUACUGCUACACAACAUCAGCAAAUUUAGCUCUGUGUUGUGAUGUCACAGUAACGUCGAUGACAUCAGAUGCGGUAUUUGGAGACAUAACUUUACUAUUAAAUUUAAAAAUCUUAUAACUGCUUCCCAGCCUUCGUACUUGCCAAGUGUCAUCCUUUAUACACGCGGAAAACAUGCGGUAGAGCUUCUGCAACUUUUGAAACAUGUAUUGGUAUUCCUUUAUAUAUACCCCACACAUACCCAGGUUCAUCCUACCAGAGUUCAUCUAAAGAAAGUCUACCGUACCUGUUAGAGAAAAUAGUGUGCAAUUGUGUGUCGUGGUAAACCAUAUGUCACAUGUGCCAAAUUUCUGCACUCCUGUUUCACUGAAUCGGUAAAGUGAUGACCGUGUGAUUGCUGCUAUAAUUUUUUUUUCUCUCAAAUAAUAUUGCUACAAAAAAAUUUUAUUCAGAGACUUCUUGCGGGCAUUGUUGCCACUGCUGUUUUGACCCAAAUGGCGAUUCAUUAUGCAUUGAAUAAAGCAUUGUAGUUAAUAGGUGGGUGGCACCACUCA